AUGUUGGAGAACACAGCAACGGACACUGUUGAUCAACAACAACAUCCCAAGAAAGCAUCACCUCCAUCGGAAACAACAAGUAAUGUAAAAUCACUAAAUCUUUCAUCAAGCCUAAACAUCAAUACAACCAGCACCACUCACACCAAUGAUGAGAACUUGUAUUCAUCAUCAUCAUCGUUGUCUGAACCUAAGAAAUGUACAAUCAAAACACAAACCCACAGUUCUUCUCCUCGCAAGCACACUGUUUCUCCCAAAAGUCCUAUUAGGGAUCAUGCUGUUUCAACGCCAUAUCAAAACACCAGUAACAAUCAUCAAACUCAUGAUUUAUUGUCUCACGAAAAGGUGAUUCAAACAGCAUUACCUCCCUUCUUUACACCCCACCGAGUCAACCAUUAUACUUCACCUGUAAUUCACUACGAUAGGAACUCAUCGAUCAUUCUAACUUGUAAAUAUACACCACAAAACUAUAAGGGUCAUGUCAUCCUUCCUCUCGAUACAGAAACUGUCUAUUGUGUAAAGGUGUCUUUGAAUGUGGGAUCAAUUGCUCAAUUGGAAAAUGAUGCAGAGAUUUCAAAAUAUUUGCACAAGGAAAGCUCAAAAGAUGGAUUAAGCGCUGCUCCCAAAGUGCUGGCGUAUUUAAGUGAUUACUUUAUAUUAGUGAGAGAGUUCAUUCAUGGAGAGACGUUUAGAUCAUAUAUUGACAAGUCUUCGCUGUUAACAAAUAUCAAUACCGAUACUGUUGCACCCGAAAUUGACGAGCUAGCAAAAUUAUUAAGAAUGGCCAUAGAAGCCUGCGAUGUGCUUGAACAGCUUCAUUCACUACGCAUUUGUCAUUGUGACGUACGACCUGAAAAUUUUAUGUACGACACACAACUUUCUUGUGUUCGAUUGAUCGAUUUUGGGCUUUCAAACUUUUUACCACUCGAUAAUCCUUUCAUUUACACGAAUAGACCAAAAGGCUGUUUCAAGUAUAUGGCACCUGAAUCCACUGGAAAAAUACCUAAACCAAUUGGAUUUCAUAGCGACAUUUAUAGCUUUGGGUUUGUGCUGUUUGAAAUGAUAUCAAAAGAGCAUCCGUUUGGUAACAAACUAAAGAACACGGAUUACAUGUAUUGUCAUAUUGCCCAAGUUCCAGAGCUAUUGAUCACUAAUCUUUCAAAACGAGGAAUGCUUAACGCACAACACAACUCUUCCAUAUUGAAUAAUACCAUUUCUGCUCUCUCUUUGGUCAUUUCUAAAAUGGUACAAAAAUCCAUAGAAAAGAGAUAUCUUAGUAUAAGUGGAGUGAACCAAGAUUUAUCCUUCAUUUUGUCAUGUUUGACAUCAAAUGACACUGUGAGCUUGAACAAUUUUACUCCGGGACAGUUUGAUGUUCAAACCUGUAUGAAAAUUCCUUAUGUAGUUUAUGGACGAGAAGACGUAAUCAUUAAUAUUUCGUUAGCUCUAAAUGAAAUGAUGGACUCUCAAUCUCCCAAAGCUGUAUUAAUUUCAGGCUACAGCGGUAUUGGAAAAUCUUGUGUUGUGAGAGAGUUCAGAAACAAGGCAAGAGAAGACGUGUUAUAUUUCGAGGCCAAAUAUGAUCAAAAUCAUAACAUACCCUUCUUUGCCAUUAACACGGUUGUUAGUGAAAUUACAGAAGCAUCGUUAGGGGAAUCCGAACAAUUUAUACAAGAAUUCAGAGAACAGCUAGUUUCACAUUUGAAUACUAGCCAAAUGGAUAUGCUUUGUGACGCUAUUCCAAAUCUGUCCAUACUUUUCUUUUCAUUUCAAAAACGUCCAAAUGCCCUUGUCUUUAAGGACGAGCACAAUGAAAAUAUGAAAGUAUUUUCUCAAUCAAUUAUUCACCUCUUACGAGUGUACGCACAAAUGAAAAGAAAGAAUCUUUGUAUUUUCCUAGACGAUUUGCAAUGGGCAGAUUAUGAAAGUUUGACCUUGCUUAAAGAAGUACUAGGAUUGGGCCAGAGCGAAGCAUUUCCUUUCCUGCUGAUAGGAGCUUUCAGAAAUAAUGAGCUCCGUGCUAACAAUCUACACCCUCUCAACAUGUUUAUUCAAUCCAUCAAAAUGAAAAAUGUGAUCACAGAGAUUGAAUUAUCAGAACUAACAGAAGAGCAAUGCAAUUUGCUUGUUGCAGAGAGCGUUCACAGAAGUCUUUCUGAUACAGCCAAGCUUACAUCAAUUCUAUAUUCCAAAACUCAAGGAAAUCCCUUUUUCCUGAAACAGUUAUUAGUAUCCUUGUUUCGGGAGGGAAAAAUUUUCUUUAACAAGUCUCUUCGUCAACUCUCUUGGAAUUUGGAGGAAAUUGAGAAGGCGCAAUAUACCCAGAAUGUGGUUGAAUUUUUGUUGUUAAAAUUUGGAAAUAUGGAGCCAGCAACAAAAAAAGCCAUCAGUUAUGCAUCUUGUAUUGGUAACAAAUUUUUAUUCCAUGAGCUAAGGGAGCUUAUGAAUAUUGACACGCAAGAAUAUUCAACAUUGGAAUUGAAGGAAGUAAUUAGUCAAGCGAUUAAGGAGGGAUGGAUCAGUUAUUUGGAUUGCAAGACGCUUCGAUUUAAUCACGAUAGAUUACAACAAGCAGCAAACGAGUCAAUAUCAGAACAAACCAAAGCUUUCAUUCAUUACAAAUUUGGUAAAUUUAAACUAAAGCAAGUUGAGGCUGGAGAAAUCGUGCUUGACGAUGUUAUCUUUGAAAUCGUGGCUCACUUGAAUUAUAGAUCCAAGGAUCCUAAAAUCUUAAAAUCACCGGACAAGAGAAGAUAUUUACUUACUCUCAAUAAGCUUGCAGCCAAAAAAGCUGUUAAUACUUGUGCUACGGAGCAAGCUCAAGUAUUUGUUAAUACUGCUAUUGACUUUCUCAAGAUGGAAGAGCAAGACGUUUGGGAGGGAUCACUCUACAACACUGCUUUUGAACUCUUGAUGGCUCAAGGCAAUUGCGAAUACGUCACCAAUGUGGAUAUCGCCAUUCAAACCUUCAACUCUGCCAUUCAAAAAGCAAAAACCAAAUCUCAUUUAUUUGAGGCAUGUUAUCAUGCUAUCAUGGCAUAUUUAUCUCAAAGCAAGUAUGAACAAGUGUAUGAUGUUUUAUCAAAUCAUGUAUUCACAUCAUACGAACAGCUAAACUUUUUACAUGAGACACUGGAUAAAGAAUAUUUACAGCUGUGGAUUGAUAACAAGAUUUCCAUUAUGAAACAGCAAUUGAUACCAAAGUUAAGCAAGACAGAUAUUAUCGAAUUACCAGAGUUAAAAGACCCAGAAACGGUUUAUUUGGUGCACUUGAUUGCUCAAUCUGCUCCUGCUGUGUAUCAUAUUAACAAGCCACAUACGAAACUUGUAUUGCUAAUCAUGCUCUUGAUGGCCACUGAAAUUGUGUUGACUAAGGGCUUGUGCCCAUUGGCUCCACUUAUUCUUACUCAAGUUGGAGGAAUGUGGUGCAUCCACGAUUUCUAUCCUCAGAUCAAUGUAGUAGUAGAAGCUGGUGUCGAUCUUGCAAGGACCAGGUUUAAGAAUUUGCACAAUUUGGCAAGCUGCUUACUCUUAAAAGAAAUGUCAUAUUUCAUAUUUCCAAAUAUUAAUGCACAGGAAGUAUGGAACAUUACUGAAGAGGCCUUUCUAUUGUCGAUCAAGUCUAACAACAAGUCGUUUGGAGGUUUUGCGAUCAUGUGGUAUCCCUUCCAUCACUUCUUUUACACGAGUUGUGAUAUGAAAACUUCUAUUGAGUUGAGCAAAAAGAGUAUUCAAAUUUGUAAAAAUGUGGGCAAUUACAUGUUACUGGAUGCAAGCCAAAUGAUACUCGAGAUGAAGAGGGUGUUGAGUGGUGAGAGUGAAUCAUUCGAUCCCACCUAUCAUUGUGAGAAUAUUGUUCAAUAUCCAUUCUUUAGGCAGCUACAUUUUAUGUUUAAAGGCAUCACAUGUUUCUUCCAGCAAAACUAUGGAGAGGCCUUUUUGUGUAUGGAAAAAUCAUACGAGUAUCGACAAGACUCAGUGGGCCUGUGCUCCACAUGGAUUGAUAUUGUAUUUCAAGGUUUGGUCUCGUGUGCUUAUCAGAGACACUUGAUUUCAACCAAUAAUCAAAAUCCCGAUUUAAUUCAUAGAUGCGAAGUAUUGGUUGAUUAUUCGUUGAAAAUGCUUGAACAAGUUUCACAAGCCAAUCCUCUGGUUUUUUUAUGCUCUCUAGAAUUAGUUAAAGCAGAAGAUUUAUAUUGUAGAUAUUUGAAAUACGGAGAGGAGAAUUCCAGGAGUAUCAUUAGCUGCUUAAAUAAGAGUUUAAAGUUAGCUAUUCGAGAUAGAAAUCAUUUUAUUGCGAAAAUUGCCAAUUGGAAGAUGGGAGAGCUUUAUAAAUCGCUGGAAAUGGACGACUAUGUUUCUGGAAGCUAUUUUUCGAGAGCAUAUGAUCAAUUUUUAGAGAUGGGACUAUCCAUUGUGGUGGAUCAUAUUUGGGACAAUUAUCGGUACCAAAUCGAAGAGUAUAACCGUGAGACAUUGUCACAAAAGAAUAGUACUGCUUCAUACACCUCAAGCUCUGUGAGUUCGUCAGACAAAUCCUCCUCACAAUCACAAGAACUUACUCUGUCCGCAGUGACCAAAAGCAGAAUCGCUGAACAAUCUGAAUUAGAUUUUAAGGAAAUAUUUAUUUCUAUUUUACCCUUGUUGAGUGAGCAUACUGACGCGAGUCGAUGUUGUUUACUGUUAAAGAGAGAUUCCAAGAUUAAUCUUGAUGCUGAAUUUAACGCUGAUAUUUACGCCUCUGAGAAUACUCCACUUCCCACCGUGAAUCAUGAAAAUAUUUCCAUUGACAAGUUUGCAGAUACACUUCCCUUAAAACUCAUUUAUCGAACACUACGUACGAGAGUAGAGCAAAAGAAUUUACAAGAGGGAGACGUGGAGUCUUACUUUUCCAAGAAUAGAGUGGCCUCUGCGUUGUGUAUUCCAAUCAUUCGAGAUAAGAGUGUCCUAGGUUGUGUCUACUUGGAAAAUCGAGAAACAGAGGAUGUCUUUACAGUAGAAAAGAUUUCCAUUGCCAAGUUGAUCAUUUCCAUUAGUAUUGACAAUGCCACCAUCUUCAACUCGAUUAACAAGUCAUAUGCAAGAUUUCUUCCAGCUGAGUUUCUCAAACUAUUAGGAAAGAGUCACGUCACAAAAAUUAGACUUGGUGAUGCAAUUUCUAGAGAGAUGACUGUUCUCUUUUCUGAUAUUUAUGGAUUUACUGAUUUAAUGGAAAAAUUUUCGGCGAAAGAAGGAUUUAGUUUUAUCAACAAAUUACUUUUUCAGAUUGCUCCACCAAUAAGCAGGAACUCUGGAUUCAUAGAUAAGAUUCUUGGUGAUGGUAUUAUGGCUCUUUUCACAGAUCCUCAAUCUGCCGUAAAUGCAGCACUGGAAAUGAUUUCUCAACUCGAGGCUUUCAAUAAGGAAAAUAUUUUCAACAUUAAGCUAGGAAUUGGUAUCUCCAAUGGUACGGUUAGUCUAGGAACGAUUGGAUACGAAGAAAGACUGGAUGCUACUGUCAUUUCGGAUACCACAAAUGUUGCUUCUCGUUGCGAAAGUCUUUCACGUAAUUUCAAGUCACGAAUUAUUGUCACUGAAGGAGUCAUCAACGCCAUGAAACUGACGCCAGAAUCUGCCUGUACUGCAAUUUAUCUUGGAAAAUUUAUUUUGAAAGGAAAACAGGUUUACAAAGACUUGUAUGACAUACGAGGAAAGAAUUGGCAGAGUGGUAUUGCAGUUUCCGAUUUCGAACAAUCAACACUCACUGAAAUUGUGAGCUUGUUCCAACACAAAAACUUCAACAAGUGUUCACAUUUAGCGAAGGAGAUGACACAACAAACAGACCAUCCGUUUGUUUCAGCCAUGUGUGGACUGUAUUUACAAGCUUGUGGAAUUUAUCAUCGUUGUCGACUUCCAGAAAAUUGGGCUGGUGAAAUUCGUCUGAGUAAGGACGGAGAACCCAAACCUUACUAUUUGGAUGAUGUGAUAAAACAAUAA